AUGGAUUUUAGAAACUUGUCUAUUACUAGUACCACCACAACCACCAAUCAAAUGGACAAUAUAGUAAAGCGUCGUCCUUCUUUAUCAUCACUAUCAUCGACAUCCGGUUAUUCCUCCUCGUCGACGCCUUUCAAUACAAAGAGCUAUACCCCAAACGCUCUCAUGAACAAAGACUUGCAAAGUUCGUGGCUCAACCAACCAAGUUCAACUUCGAUUGGCCCUUGGGUAGAGCAGCAACAACAACAAACUCUCGAAGCCUUGGACAAAACCUUGGACAAACCAAUUAAUGAUGAGACGACAAAACCUAAUGAUAAUGAACCUCACGACAACAAUGACCAUACCGACGAUGAAGAACUUAUCCCCACUGCGAUUGUAAUCAAAAACAUUCCAUUCGCUAUCAAGAAAGAACAAUUGUUGGACGUGAUGACGAAGCUAAAUUUACCUUUACCUUAUGCAUUCAAUUACCAUUUUGAUAAUGGUGUCUUUAGAGGUUUGGCGUUUGCAAAUUUCACAUCCACUGACGAAACAUCUCUUGUGGUGAAUCAACUCAAUGGUAGGGAGAUAGGAGGCAGGAAAUUACGAGUCGAAUACAAGAAAAUGUUACCUGCUCAAGAAAGAGAACGGAUUGAACGGGAAAAAAGGGAGAAAAGAGGUCAAUUAGAAGAACAACAUAGAUCAACUUCCAAUGCAUCUUUGGCAUCCUUGUUAUCACAGGCUUCGACAACAGCCGCCACGAAGAACCUUAGUGUUGCUGGUACCUCUUCUUCACAAGAGAGAAUUCUUUUGAAUUUGCCCUUUGGUUGUUCACUGUUUGCCCCACCAGAAAUUAAUUUCAACGAUCCCGAAAUUUUAGAAUUAUACACGCAGUUGGUACUUUACCGCGAUGAUGCUUCGAAAUCUGUGUUUGAGUUGGCAAUAUCACCAUUGAACUUGAAUAUUGCUCAGAGGAAAAUUAUUUCAUACAUUUGCAAUUAUCUACAUCUAUUGGAGCUUUUUGACAAUGGCAUGAUUAUAAUCAGAAGAAAACCGGGUCAUAUUUCAAUCGCCCCCGGUCAAACGCGCCAACAACCACUUCAUUCGGCCUCCAUGAUGAAUCUUAACCAAUUGGCAAACCCUCCUGAGUUGUUGCGCUCACAUUCUCAAUCGGCCAUACCCAUGCCAAGGUUGAGACAACAAACAUCAACGCCAACGCAACAACAACCUCAAUUAGUUUACCAACAAAGACCUUACACACAACAUGGAUAUUACCAGCAAUCUCAACAACCACCACCACCGCAAUUGGCUCAAAAUUUGUCAGCAGGAAGUUCUGCUGCUGCAUUGUUACGGACAAACAAUAAUAGAUCGUAUGUCGACGUGAGAUCUACACCACCAUUGACACAAGUGGAAAGUAAUCCAAUCCCACAACAGCAGCAGCAGCAGCAACAGCAGCAGCAGCAGCAACAGCAUCAGCAACAGUUUUUCCAGCCCAAUACUGCAAGUACCACCAAUAAUGUUCACUCACAACCGCAGACGCCAUCAAGUGGAUCGAUUUGGGGCCCAAGGUUUAUAUAG